CCUGUCACUGUAGUGGUCAUUCCGGUUUCUGACUUUAUUCUUCAUUUCAUUCAUUCUCUCCUACUUCCACACCAAAAUUAACAAGCCAUGGCUUUCUUCAAAGGCUUCCAUUUUUUCAUCAUCAUUUUGCAAGUCUUUGCUGCAAUAUCCAUUUUCUCAUUAGCAGCUUCCUCCUUCACCCAAAAUAAGCUCUUCACAAACUUCCUAGACUAUGCUAAGAAGCCUGAGCUUUUUGAUUGGAUGCUCACAGUCAGAAGGAAGAUACAUCAGUUUCCUGAAUUGGCCUAUCAAGAAUUUCAAACCAGUGAAGUAAUAAGAGGGGAAUUGGAUAAGUUGGGGAUCCCCUAUAAACACCCUGUUGCAGAAACUGGUGUUAUUGGCUUCAUAGGGUCUGGAAAGCCACCUUUUGUUGCUUUAAGAGCUGAUAUAGAUGCUCUUCCUAUGCAGGAAAUGGUGGAGUGGGAGCACAUGAGUAAAGUACCUGGAAAGAUGCACGCUUGUGGUCAUGAUGCUCAUAUUACCAUGCUUCUUGGUGCUGCAAAGAUUCUCAAACAACAAGAAAAAGAGAUAAAAGGAACUGUUGUUCUAGUUUUCCAACCAGCAGAGGAAGGAGGUGCAGGGGCUAAGAAAAUUUUAGAUUCUGGAGCCUUGGAAAAUGUAUCUGCUAUCUUUGGAUUGCAUGUGUUACCUACGCUUCCAGUAGGUGAAGUUGGCUCCAGGUCUGGUCCUAUAAUGGCAGGAUCUGGUCGCUUUGAAGCAAAAAUAAGUGGAAGGGGAGGUCAUGCAGCUAUUCCUCAACAUUCUAUAGAUCCCAUAUUGGCAGCUUCUAAUGUAAUUAUUAGCUUACAACACCUUGUUUCUCGUGAGGCUGAUCCUUUGGACUCUCAGGUUGUGACUGUUGCAAAGUUUCAAGGAGGUGGUGCAUUUAAUGUUAUUCCAGAUUAUGUCACAAUUGGUGGAACCUUCAGAGCUUUUUCCACAGAAAGCUUUGGGUACCUGAAACAGCGCAUUGAGCAGGUUAUCAUUGGACAAGCUGCUGUGCAGAGGUGCAAUGCAACUGUCAACUUCUUUGGUGAAGUGUAUCCUCCCUAUCCUCCAACCAUAAAUGAUGGUGGCUUGCAUGAGCAAUUUCGUUAUGUUGCGAUAAAUUUGCUCGGUAUUGAUAAAGCUCACAUUGACAUGCCACCGAUGACAGCUGCUGAAGACUUUUCGUUCUAUCAAAAGGUGAUGCCUGGCUACUUCUUUUUUCUUGGAAUGCAGAAGGAUCACCGGGAUCAUUUUUUGCACUCACCGUAUCUCAUGAUCGAUGAAGAAGGACUUCCUUAUGGAGCUGCACUUCAUGCAUCAUUAGCUAUUAAUUAUCUUCAAAAAUAUCACCAAGACAGACCCAUGGAAGAAGGGAAAAAUCGUGAUGAAUUAUAACUGUUUUUAAUCAUUGUAAGCUUCCAGCCUUGUAUUGUAUAUUAAGUUAGAAUUUCCACUCGUAGAACGAUAAUCUUUUGCUGUUAUCACUUUCUUCACUGGACACGUGAGUUCAACGUGAAUAAAUAGCUUUCUUUUCUCUA